CAGUGCGUUCAGAGACAUCGAUGGAUGUGGCAAUAGCAUUGACUUUUACAGAGCAACACAUGCAAUGGAGACAUUAUGAUUAAUAACCAGGGCAUUCAACCCGUAACUGUUGUUUUUAACAACACAAAAAACUGCUUUCUUCACCUCCCGUCUAAGGUGAUAUCUCAUCUUUCCCUGAAGGAGAACCAAGCUUUGGAGUUGUCCUGGGACCAUGGGCCUCCACUGUACCUCAGCUGGACUCAUAAGAGAACCUCUAGCUUUGACAGCCAUGUAGUAGAGCUGUGUCGGCAGCUUGGAGAAAAGCUGGGCUUGAAAGAUGGAGAGCAGGGUUUCCUCAGACCGUGUCACCAAGUUUCAUCAGUGCAUCAAGUGUUUGUGAAGCCUCUGUCAUUUGAUGACUGGGAGAUCCUGGAGCUUCACAGUGCCGCACUGGAGCAGCAGCUGUUAGAUCAGAUCAGAGUGGUCUUCCAAGAUGCCGUCUUUCCUGUAUGGGUGGACAGCCACACAGUCAUUUACAUCCAAAUAGCAUCAAUUUCACCAUCUGUGCCCUACGGCCGUCUGGAGCAGUUCACAGAACUAGUUGUCUCUCCAAGGAGACGUGCUGGAAGUAGUGAACUGAGUGCCUCUCCAAUGGGGAGCAGUGAGAAACCACAUCUUCACAGACAGAACGACACUGAUCCUUCUUUCUCAGGACAGCCACAAGAAAACACCACUCAUGUCCAUCAGUGGGGUGGCAUUGCUGACCUGAGAAGCCUCCUACACUAUGUGAUAAAGGGCACCAACGACCUGGUAAAACAGUUACCUCCAGUACCUGCCAUCCCUGCCAUCCUUGCUGACUCUGUCUACAGAGUAUGUGGUGCACCUCCUGACCCUCUUUGUGUUGUAAGCCAAGCUGUAACUGGUGUUAUUCAUGUAUUUCCUUGGAGGGAUGGACUGAAUUCUGGAGUAAUUGGAGGUUCAUCUCUGGUGACAUACGGUCUGCUCUCCAAAGUUCCUUCCCCUAAAGAAAUGAGGGACAGAGCCAAACAGGCCAUGGAGAAAAAGAAGACGGCAGGGGUGACGAAAGUUGGAGCCUCUGGGGAUGGAGUCAAGGAGUUGAAAGAAGAGGAGGUCAUGGUGGUCAGGGUGGUGUGUCAUUGUAAUGAAAAGCUAACAGGGAAACAAAGGAGUCGCAGCAAGGGAGAGAUCCAUAGUGGAACAGUCUGGAUCCCACAGCCCCUGGUUGUCCAGUUGAAUAUCAUGCCCCAUUCGAUUGUUAGAAUUAAGCCAGUAAAAUCCACUACCAAAGUGGCCUCUAUGAUUCGUCUUCAGCCUUUAAACCCACAGCUUGAGGAAGAUGAUGAGGAGAUCCAGACGGCUUUUCUUGGUUGGCUGCACACUCAGAGUCAUGAACCUUUAGCCUGUCUAACUGCACGCUCUGGCACCAUUCUUCUCCACAGAACUGAUGCAAAGUUAGAGUUUACUUUAACUGUGUUGAAACCAGAACCAGAGAAUGAUCCUCCAGGUCAGCUAUUUUUACUAGCGCACACUGUUAUACAGAAGGAAGACAUUCAGGUACACAGAGAAUCAGUAACCACGUCAGCUGUGAAAGCUGUAGCUGAAAUCCCCAAACCAGUGCUUCCCUCCCUCACUAUUCUUGGUGGCAUUGAUGAGCUUAGUAGAACUGGGUUUGAGUUCAUCUCCCACAGCCUUCUGGGUAGUCCUCUCUCACAAGAGCUUGGUAGCACUGGUCGGGGGCUUCAAGGAGGAGCUUUACUCAUCACUGGUGCCAAGGGUAGUGGAAAAAGCUCUCUGUCCCGAGCACUCUGCAGGAAAGCUAGGGAAGAGUUGGAUGCCUAUAUUGAGGUGGUGGACUGUAGAAAGCUACAAGGCAAAAGGGCAGAAAGUGUGAGGCAAACGCUGCAGGGUGUUUUUGAACAGGCAGAGUGGAGGCAGCCGUCAGUUGUCCUUCUUGACGACCUGGAUCAUGUGACGGGGGCACCAACUUCUCCUGAACAUGAGCAUGGCCCCGAGGCCCUGCUGCAACAACACAUCGCACAGAGUCUGAAGGAUGUGGUGGAUGAGAUGGUGCUUCACUCCAGCCUGGUGUGUUUGGUCAUCACCAGCCAAAGUGAGCAUUCUCUCCACCCGUCGCUGACUGAAGUGCAGGGGUCCCACAUUGUCCAGAGAUUUGUUAAUAUUCAGCCACCAGAUCAGGCCCAGAGAGCAGAGAUUCUGCGCCGUCUGAUCCUCAGAAAGUCUACUCUGUCUGACGAGACAUUGCAGAGUCUUGAUCUGGCGGCUGUUGCCAAGGAGACAGAGGGUUACACACCUCAGGAUUUGGCACUGCUGCUGGAGCGAGCUGUCCAUGCUAACACAGUACAAACGGGACACAAUGACUACGGUGCGUGUCUAUUGUGGAGGGACUUUGCACAGGCUCUUAAAGGAUUCACCCCUCCCUCACUCUGGGGUUUGGACCUCUACCCUCCGAAUGGGAUUGGUUUGGAGAGGGUGGGAGGACUGGGAGAGGUGCGGCAGCAGUUAAUGGACACUAUCCUGCUCCCAGCCAAGUAUCCGAUCUUGUUCUCCAAUCUUCCUAUCCGCCAUCGUUCAGGAAUAUUAUUGUAUGGAGCUCCUGGUACAGGGAAAACCCUGCUGGCCAGGGCUGUGGCCAAAGACAGUGGUAUGAACUUCAUCAGCAUUAAGGGACCUGAACUUCUGAGUAAGUACAUUGGAGCCAGUGAGCAGGGAGUCCGCGAUGUGUUCCAGAGAGCACAAGCGGCCAAGCCUUGUAUCCUGUUCUUCGACGAGUUUGACUCUUUGGCCCCCAGGAGGGGCCAUGACAGCACAGGAGUGACUGACCGCGUGGUCAACCAGCUCCUCACUCAGCUGGAUGGGGUGGAAGGACUGCAGGGUGUGUAUGUGCUGGCAGCCACCAGUCGUCCAGAUCUGAUUGAUCCCGCCCUGCUGAGACCUGGACGACUGGACAAGUCCCUCUACUGUCCCCCUCCUGACUUGGAAUCUCGUGUGGAGAUCCUCAGGGCUCUGAGUACAGAUAUUCCUCUGGCUGCUGACGUGGACCUGGAGCAGUUGGCAGCAGUGACGGAGCAGUUCACCGGGGCAGAUCUGAAGGCCCUGCUCUACAAUGCACAACUGGAGGCCAUUCACAGCAGCAUGGGCACCAGCACAGCAAAUGAACUGACCUCUGGCUCAGACAGCGACAUGAGCCUGUGCUCCAUGAUCUUCCCAAACAACAGCAGUGGCUCAGAUUAUUCAGGUGGGGAGGCCGAUGCAGGCAUGUGUUUGGACCAGUCCAUGGUUCUCCUAGAGCAGGAUGAGCUACAGGCAGAAGAUGAGCACCAUCGCAACAACGUCUGGAGACUCUACUUCGGAAGUUCCUAUGAGUCGGAGGUUGAGAAUUCACAGAUUUCAGGACUGAACUCCCAGUGCAUCUCUGGACCAAACUCAAUGGGCCAGGACUGCACCGGCGCAUCAGCCCUGGACCCCAUCAUCUCUGUCCCUCCUGCUUACAUGUCCUCCCUCCACAGCGGAUAUGAAGAUAUAAGCCCUGAGCAGUUGGAACGUCUACAACGAGACGUUAACAACAUCAAGAAUAACUACCGCAAAGCCCAUGAGGAGUGUGCCCGGGUUCAUUCAGCCUCGAGCAGCCCGACCCUGUUGCUGUGUCAGACUCAUGUGAACUCUGCCUUGGCUGUGACCAAACCGUCGCUCAGCAAGUCUGACUGGAACAGAUACACAAAACUGUAUGAAAGCUUUGACGGUUCAGGAGAAGGAAGUUCUGUCACAUUUAAACCUGGACAACGUGUGACUCUAGCUUGAACAAGCAUUAAUAUCUAUUGUUCGAUGCAAAUUAAUAUAAUUAAUGUGAUUAAUAUAAGUAGGGUUUUUCUACUUGAAUGUGAAAAUGUUAAUAUUGUACAUAAUUAUACCAUUCAUGAUGAUAUAAUAAAAUGUGGACACCUUCAA